AUGCUUGAUCUUCUUUCCUUUGGCAUAGUCGACUUCCUUCGGUUCGCUUCGAAAAUUGCUUCUCUUCGUUGCUCCCUGCGUUGGUGUCGCAAUAAUCGUGCUGUGGUUGAUGACGACGUAUUGGACGCUAUGAUGCCCAACGGUAGAGCCAAUGAAGUGCCUGAGGCACGAAACGAUCAAAAUGCUAGAGAGAUGCUGGAAGCGCCAAAUGAUCGAAUUAAUGAAGAAGAACUACUUGAAGCACCAAACGGUCAAAAUGAUGGCGAAAGAGUGUUCGGAGCAGAUGUUCAAAGCGAUCGUCAGCAAUGCUCAUGUUUCUGA